AUGGGAAGAAGAAAAAUAUGGGGACAAAGUUAUAUAAGAACAAAUAAAGGUGUAUAUAUAGGAGAUAUAGAAGAUAAAAAAAAACAUGGAUGGGGUAUAGCAAUAAAUAAUAACGGGAAUAAAUAUGAAGGAUUGUUUGAAAAUGAUGAAAGAAAUAUAUUUGGAUUAGAAUUAUUAUGUUGCUUAUACAGACAUAAUUAUAAAAAUAAAAAAAAAGGAGACGAAGAAAAAGUGGACGGAAAUGAAAUAGAACAAACUAGUGAAAAAGAAUUUGAAAAAGGUAAUAUAUGCUUAAAUUCAAAUAGGUAUAUAUAUAUAGGCAAAUUUAAAAAUGGAAAAAAACAUGGAAAUGGUGUAUUAAUAGAUUAUAAUAAUUAUGUUAUGUAUAGUUGUAUAUUUUUAAAUAAUAUUAUUGCAUAUAAAGAUAUUUUAUUUUCCUUAAUUAAUAAUUAUCAAUCAAAAUAUGAAGCAUCACACUUUUUUUCAUUUCACCAUGAUCAAAUAAUAUGUGAAAAAAAAAGUGAAACAACAAACUUUUUUGAUAAAGAUAGUAAAAGUGAUAGCAUUGAAAGUGGCAAAAGUAAAAACAAGUUGACAAACGAAAGAGAUACAUAUUCGUUCACAAAAGAUCGAUAUAAAUAUAUCACUUUUAAUUAUAUAAAAUUUUAUGAACAUGUAAUGGAUAAAAUUAAAAAAUAUAAUUUACAUGAUCUAUUUUUAAAAUAUGAGUCAGGGAAAGAAAAGUGUGAUUGGGACGAAGAUAUAAAAAAUGAUUACCCUCAUAUGGAAGAAAACAAAAUAAAUAAUCCUACCAACACAAAUGAAGAACCAUCAAGUAAGCAAAGUAUAUCCUCUUGUGUGUGUAAAAGCCAUGAUAUCAAUUAUAACAACAUAAUGAUUAGUGAAAGUCAAAAUGGUGGAGACCUACAUAAUGAAAUACAUAAAACACUUCCCUCAUGUCUUAGAAAAAAAAAAAGACAUAAUUUUGUGUCACUAUCUUAUGCUCAUAAUAGUAUAUACUGGAAUGUUUUUGAAUUAAAUUUUUUUUUAUUUUUUAUUGGAAUUCCAAAAAAAAUAAUCGAAAUAUUUAUAAUAAAUGAAAUAGAUGGAUAUUGCUUAAAAUAUAUAGAAAACAAAUUAUUAGAAAAUAUGGGGAUUUAUGAUAAAGUUAUUAAAAAGUGUAUUAUAUUAUCUGUUCAAUGUUUAUUAAAAUUAAGAGAAAAAUAUAAACAUAAAAAAAAAAUAAAAUUAUUAAAUAACAAAAUUGAUAAUAAAUUACUUUUAAAUAAAAAUAAAAUAUGGUUAUUAAAAUUAAUAGGAAGAGGUGGCUACAAUAAUGUUUAUAAAUGUUUAUACAUCAAUAAUAUCAAAAAAUUUAGUAAUAAUAAUUUUCCAAACAUUAACAAUAUCGCAUUAAAAAUAUGUAUAGAUAAAAAAUACAGUUAUGAUCUUUUCUCGGAGCUAAACAUUUUAUCAACCUUAAGACAUCCAAAUGUUUCACUAUUUUUAGGUGGAGUAAAAAAUCCACAAGCAAUAGCAUUAGAAUAUAUUCCAUGUGGUAGUAUAUUUGAUAUAUUACAUAAAAAAAAAACAAAAAUAAAAAUUUUAGAUAUAAUUAAAAUGUGUAAAGAUAUAACAGCAUUUAUGUCAUUUAUUCAUAACAAAGGAAUAUUACAUUGUGAUUUAAAAUCAGCAAAUAUUUUAUUAUCAGAAUCUGGUGAAAUUAAAAUAUGUGACUUUGGUUUAUCAAUUCAAAAUAUUGAUGAUAAGCCAAAAUAUUUAGGUAUCGUAGGAACAUAUCAAUGGACUGCCCCAGAAAUAUUAAGGGGUGAAGGAUACACAAAAAAAGCAGAUAUAUAUUCAUUUGGUGUUAUAUUAUGGGAACUUUUACAUCGAAAAAUACCAUUUAAUGAUUUAAAACAUCCAUUAGAUAUUAUAGCUCAAGUUGGAUAUUCAAACAAACAUCUUAUUAUAAAUAAUAAUAUAAAUAACAAAUUAUUAUAUGUAUUAACUAGCUGUUUACAUAAAGAUAAAAGGAAAAGAAAAUCUUUUUUUUUUUGGUCUGAAUAUUUUGAUAUCCUCUAUAAAGCUAAUAUAUGCUGUGAGGACACAAACUUAUCUUUCCUCUUGACCUAG